AUGUUACCAGUGGUCCUUUAUCGUAACCACACGCAAACGGCGAUCUUGCUCGACUUACCGGCGUCCAUCCAACAUGGUCAACAAGUUCCAUAUGUACUCAAAUCGUGCCCUGCGUUAUUGGUACCAUACCCAAGCACCGAACCCAAAGGAUACAAGAGAGAGACCGCUCUCAAUGCGAUCCCAAUUCACGAUCGGGCUUACCAUAUGUCGGUACAAGAGGACAUCUCUUCGGCUUUGAUCGAGGCCCGAGACUAUUUACAUGGCCGGAGCGGCUCUUGGUAUUUCCCGCGGCAUGAUUUUGCCUCACAAAACGCCUCUUUUGGUCAUUCACACUGGACCGAGGGGACUGACCAUUCACCGACCCUGGUACCUGUCAUUCUUUCAACAACAGAAGUGCACAACAAGUUCUCCUCCCUGAGUGACUUGUACGGAAUAGUCAUUUGCAAUCCUCGGCAAGCAGAUAUUGCCAUUAUAGAUGCCGAUGGCACCGGGGACUUUAUCGUUCCACCAGGUUCUGUCUUCAUUUUAUCUACUCUGGAAUCUGGACUUCCGGCCUUUGUAUCGGCCUCCCAUGCAUUGCUAGCCUCUAAACCGUUCGACCUGAUCCUCAUGGAUCCGCCAUGGUCCAACAGAUCGGUACGGCAUUCUGGUACGUACAGGACUUCAGACGAUCAGAUGAAUGAUCCAUUUCAGCAAGCCGUACGCAUAAUGAACGAUUCUCUUGCCCCGGAAGGACUGGUAGCCAUCUGGAUCACGAACAAGUCCUCCAUUCGUUCCAAUGUCUUGGAGAUGCUCCAAGCUCUGGAUCUUCAUCUUUGUGAAGAGUGGGUAUGGAUUAAAAUCACUGCCGGAGGCCAACCCGUCACCAAGCUCGAUGGGGUCUGGCGGAGACCAUAUGAGAUUCUUCUAUUGUUUCGAAAAUGUCAGCAAUGCGAAGACCCACGGCAUAGGAUCAUUAUGGCUGUACCUGAUUUGCAUUCUCGCAAGCCAUGUCUGAAGAUAUUGCUAGAGGAACUCUUACCUGCUGACUACAAUGCAUUAGAACUCUUUGCUCGAAGCUUGACUGCGGGCUGGUGGUCAUGGGGGGAUGAAGUAUUGAAGUUCCAGCACGAAAGUCAGUGGACCGGUUAUGAGAACACAAAACGAAGGUCCUUUUUUUCAUAG